AUGUUUUCAGAAUCCUCACCCCUCCAGUAUUUCUGUAUACUUCAAGUAGAAUGUCACAGUUUUAUACUCAUGUUGGGACAGAAACGCAAAAACCGAACCUUCGGUCAAAUCGCGGAUGCUUCAGAGAUAUACGGUAACAACACGUUCAAAAUGUACAUCGGAAUGACACCUGUUGUCAUCAGUCAGACCCCAGACGCAGCUGAGGGGAGCGACGCCACUCUCUCGGUUGUAACCUGGAGUAUUUAUAUGCUCGGACUGCACCCCAAGACGCAGGCCAAGGUUCACAGAGAGCUUGACGCAAUAUUUGGAACAGACACCAAUCGCUGUGUCACAGCUGACGACCUCAAACGGAUGAAGUACCUAGAGUGCUGCCUCAAGGAAACCAUACGACUUUACCCACCCGUUCCCAUUGUGGGAAGGGUCCUCGAGCACGACCAAGUUAUUGACAACCAAACAGUACCAAAGGGCGUGCAGUUUUUCAUAAACGUCUUCAGGCUCCACAGGAACCCCAAAUACUUCAGCGACCCCGAACGGUACCUUCCAGAACGAUUCAUGAGGGAGGAAACAACGUUUCGGCCACCCUUCGUCUACAUUCCCUUCUCUGGAGGAGCCAGAAAGUGCUUAGGUCUAGACAUUGCGCAUGAACAAGUAGUACGUUUCUCUCUAGGGGUGUUCGUCGUGAUACGUAAGCUCGCCAGUCAGUACCCGGGCCAAACGUCGAAGGUCUAUGUGGGAAUGACGCCAGUCGUCGUGAUCGACACCCCCGGCGCAGUCGAGACGCUACUGACAAGCAGCGUCAACCACCGUAAGCCUUUCAUCUACGACUUCAUCAACUCAUGGCUGGGACAGCAAAACAUUUUGGUGGCGUGA